AUUUUCUCGGCAAGCAUCUCGGUGAUCGAGAUCUCGGAUGCAAAAGUUGAGCCCAAAGGGCAAGGCGGCGCUUCCAGUCUCGGGCUCCUAUUUCCCCUGCGGGUCCCCCGUUCUGGGAACGUCCCUCCCAUCCUAUCAGCACUCCUUCAUACUAGGUUUUCCCUUUAUCCCAAGUGGCGCGUGCAGUUCUCCUUUUAGGGAUAUUGCGCCGCAAUCACUCUUGCGGGACCGCGUGAUCAUGGCCGAGGAGUUUACACUGACGUACUUGUGCUUGGGAGGGACAAAUCAGAGGUGGGCGUCUAUAUCCCAGCGAGGAAAACAAACUGUACGAACGUAGCGGAUUUGACCGCUCACGUCGUUACCCUGUUGGCUUUUGAGAUGAGGAUUCAAAGAGGGAGGAAGGUAUUUGGUCCGAAAGAGAAUGAAUGCUAUUCUCUCAAUAUUUCGCCUCGAUGUUGGACGCCCCUCGAGACAAGAAACAACGCUCACGGACAGGGUGCCUGACGUGUCGUCGACGAAGAGUCAAAUGCGACGAGUUGCCGGGAAUUUGUAUCAAGUGCUUGACUGUUGGCGUCGAGUGCGAGUGGGCUACCACACCGCCGACAACGAUCAACCACCACCAACACCACGGCGCGGGACGCUCCGGUUCCGACGGGAUUUCAUUCGCCGCUGGAGGUCCAUUUCACGGACUGGUAAAACUUCCAGCAUGUGAUACUUGUCGACUCGCCAAGACCCGAUGUGACAGAGACUAUCCAUCUUGCCAACGAUGCAAGCUGGAGAAACUGCAGUGUGUAUAUAGCCAUUGGCGCAAGCGUCGGAAUAGAGGACAUAGCGCAUCAACAGUAGCCGCCGGUGCUGCAGUGGUUCUCUUCCCUGCGCCUCCCAGCUUUGAUGAUAUAGGCAAUCAACGCUCUCCAGUCUCUGCUGGCCCCUCGCAGAUCAACUCGAGGGAGCACUCGCAUCCAUCGACCGCUACAUCCCCAUCGAUUCUGGGCGACAGGUUGUCUUCGCGCUCGGAACUCGAAAAAUACCUCGAUGCCUUUUUUCGACAUGUCCAUCCUGAAAUGACAACGUCAUUCAUCCACCAGGGAAGAUUGUUCGAAGAAUUGGAGGAAACGUGGAGCUCGCCUUCUCUGUAUUCAGGCUCUUCCCGAGGUAUCUCAAGUCCGUUGCUGCUGAAGUGCAUGGCAGCGGCCAGUGGGCGGUUCCUACCAGAUGCCGAUAAUUCUCAUCCAGAUGGUGGAAACUUGCCUGCACAAUGGGCUCAAGAAGCAAAAAUGGCGCUCACACUCGACAUGGACCGUUUCAGUAUCUCCAAACUGGCUGCAACAUUGUGUUUAGUGCACCACGAAUAUUCUUCUGGACGGAUCGAAAGCGCUUGGACCUGGACUGCGGUGGCCAGUCGAAUGUGCAUCGGUUUAGGUCCUCACAAUAUUUGCCGACCUGACAUUUCAAUCUCUCAAGGCGGUGUCGAUGAAUACGAGUCUGAUUGGAUCCAGAACGAGAGCAAGAAGCGACUGGUAUGGGCGACAGUCUGUGCUGACGCUUGGACCGCAUGUGGUCCGGCAGAGUGUUCGACAUUUGAUCGACACCUCAUCAAAGAUUUGCCCCUGCCCAGCACCGAACGCGAAUUUGCCUUUGGUCGCGAUGUGCCUUGCAAAUUUCCUCGACCUACGUUGUCGACGAAGACGCUCGAACGAGGUCAGCUCAGAGGCACAAGCGCGAAUCAUGUCUGGCUCACACUGUUGGGCAAUGACGUUCAAUGGCAUCUCAAACACAUUGCGGACGAUCCGCGACCCUGGGAACCAGACUCUAAUUUCAACGAACUCAGAUUACGUCUGGAGCAUUGGCACGAGAGCUGCGCAUCAGAUAUGCGCUUUGACGUGUCCACGAUGUACGCGCGGAAAGACGACCCGGAUUUUGGAUCCUGGAUACUCGUUCAGCUCCGCGCAGAGCAGAUCGGGUUUCUCCUUCGUCGUUUCACCAUGCCGAGCUACGAAGACAUUUUGCCACCGGGCUAUCUAGAUCAUGCGCCUUCAGAGUGGGUAGCUCAAGUCAGGAAAGAAUGCGAAAUGCACGCUCGCAAUUUGGCUCGGAAGAUAUCGAUUGUCACACGUCGAUUCCCACAGUUUGUUCCUGCAAAUUGGACUUGGAACAUGUUCAUAUACGGAAGUAUACGUGAACAGCCUGCGGUGACGGCGUUACGAUCGAAAAUGAGCUCACAGGUCUGUGCGAAUCCUGCGGAGGGUACGAUACAAGUCCGACCUGAGAUGGGUACUCCGCCUCGUCCUUCUGGAGCUCUAGCAGGCUUAUCGUGCGCUUCUGGUGAUGAUGCCAUGGUCGAGGAAGGAUUUUACGCCAUGAUUUUCCUGCUCUAUAAGAUGACAGCUUGGUUUGACCAGAAUCAUCGCGUGGCGAGAGACUUGUUGAAGAUGUUGGCGGAUCAAGGAAUUCAUCUCGAAGCAGGGUGGACCCAGAGAUUGAGGUCAGACGCUCCGGGACAAUCGGCACCCGGUGAACAUGGCACGGACGUCUUGUCUCACCUGCCCUAUCUCCGUCGGUACAUUCGCGAACCGAGUGUAGGCGAAUCACAUACAUCAGCGGUCGGCGCAAAAGACAUGUGUCUCGGACCAUACCAUUCCCAGCAUGUAUGCGGCGACAGAGAGAAUGCAAAACGGUCAAAAAUCGCAGUAUCCUCUCGAUCAGCUGUGCGUGUCGUCUGCUACCGGUAGCAACCUCGGCUUCCCUCAAGCGCCCAUGGAAUUCUUCAAUACGGUAGGGUCUGACGAUCUCUUCGCAGCCCAUUCGACUGGCUUUGCACCUCAGCCCUUAUUGCCCUGGCAGCACAUUCAGCCUUUGCGCUCAAUGUCCACGGAGCAAGAUUACGUUUCGUUGUCGAAUCCCGACUCCUUCGAUGGGUUCCUGCC